AUGAGCCUUCUUACUUACAUCCGCCUAAGGAUAGGCGCACUGUUGCUAAGAACUUUCUUCAGACUCAAAGGCCGCUUCAUCUCCCACCCCGAUGCGAUUGAACACAUCCCUUCGCGAGACCCCAAUCGCACGAUCAAGAUCCACGUUUACGGCCCUUCAUGGGACCUCGAGAAGCUUGACGAACCUGUCCCAGUACUGGUGAACUUCCAUGGCAGUGGCUUCGUAAUACCCGCCCACGGAAGCGACGACGCCUUCUGUCGCGAAGUUUGCGAUCGCACGGGCUACGUGGUCCUGGAUGUCCAAUACCGGCUCUCACCAGAGUAUCCUUUCCCCGCCGCGAUUCACGAUGUGGAGGACGUAGUGAAAUGGGUCCUGGGACAGCCCGACGUGUUCGAUCUCAACCGCUUCUCCCUCUCCGGCUUCAGCGCCGGCGGCAAUCUUGCGCUGGUCGCGUGCUCGUCGCUUUUCCCUCUGAAUACCUUCCAAUCUGUGCUCACCUUCUACCCCAGUACUGAGCCCUGCGGGGACCCGGCACUGAUGGUUGCGCCGGAACGCGGUGGCAUGCCUAUCCCAAUGGUUACCCUGCGCUUUUUCGGAAAGUGUUACCUUCGGUACGGAGCUGACUUGCGUGAUCCGCGCAUCUCGCCUAGUCUUGCCGAUAUAACUCGAUUCCCGGGGAAAGUUCUGGUUAUCACGGCUAGCUAUGACAAUUUGGCUAAUGAAGCUGAAAGGCUUGCGAAGCGACUCGAGAAGGAUCCCAAGCGCACCGUCGUCUAUGAGCAGAUGCCAAAAUGCAAUCAUGGAUGGGACAAGAAAGCCAAACGAGGAACUCCGCAAUGGGUUUCGAAAUGUAGAGCGUACGACUUGGCUGUCGACAUGCUCCUAUCAUGA